AUGUUCUGGAAAGUAAAGGGGAGGGCCUUCGCGUUCGUCUUCCUCUCAUACGCCAGCUUCGUGCAUUCGGAUAAAGCGGUUAACCUGGGGAAUGCGCUGGCGGGGGGGAUUAGCGGGGGGAUUAGCGGCGGAAUUAGCGGCGGGUUGAGCAGCGGUUUGGCCAGCGGAAUAAGCGGCGGACUUAGCAACUCCGCCGCCGCUUCGACCGCCCUGCUGCACGCGGCCGUGGGGAAGGGACCCAACAUGCACACGUGCCAGUCGGCCGGGUGCGCCUCAUACAAGAGCAUCACGCCCAGCGAUGCAGGAGACUGCCUAAACGGGUUCAUCUGCAAGGAGUGUAAAAGAACCCACGCGAAGAACCCAAACAUCUGCUUCUACUCCUCCCUCCAAGGAUUUGAAAGUUUAUAUGAAGCACAUCUAGAGGAUUUUACACAACCAACGCCCUACGACCGUUUCAACGUCCCAUUGGUUAAGUCCAGCAAAGGGGAGAACAACAGGGGGGACGCCUCAAGUGACAGUGGUAGGGAGGUCUCCCCUAAUGACGAAUCGGGGGAUCACCGCAGAGGCAGUCUCUCACAAGGAGGAGACGACGAUGGAGAGAAGGGGGACCUCCAACGCAGUGGCAGGGAUGGCAAAGCAGGAGGUAGUCGCUUCCCACGGGCGUUAGAAGAAGAGGAAGAAGAAGAGGAGGAGGAGGAAGACGACGACGACGACUCUGCGAAAGAAAAACGUGGUGGACAUAAAGGGGGCAACUCCCCUCAGGGGGGGAACAACGGAGGGAACAAUUUCGACGCAGGUUACGAAACGGAGUCAUUUCUGCAGAAAUCGCCUGACCAUGUUCAUAGAAAAGGUGAUCUACACAAGUUGGCGAAAGAGGGGGGGCGGGAGCAGCACACAAACGCUCACAUGCAUAUACACACGCACAUGCACACUCACACGCAUAACGAAUUGAUGUCCGGAAAAGAGGGACUCCUUAGCUCGGUGGAGACGCACGUGCGGCUUGGCAUCAGUGAGGGGGGCUACAACAGGGGAGCGUCCGAAUCUCCGGGGAGGCACAGCGGCGUGAGCAGCGGUGCCUCUGUCAGCAUGGGCACCGCUGCUCAUGGAGGCACUGCUGCUGAGAGUGGCUACUCCUUCGCCGAGUCCGAGCGGGGCAAAGAAAAAAUCGUCUACAAGCGACUCAAAAUAAGCCUGAACAAUCACGAGGAGUAUUUCAAAAGCAAAAUGAAUAAGUGUCACGUGGGGGGGGACGGAGUGGCCACUCUGUAUGUGAAGGUGCUGCUGCAGAUUGUUAAGGAUAAGAACGACGUCUAUGUGGACGUGAGUAGGAGGAGCGGCUCGUCUCACAUGAGCCCAGGGUCGGGUGGGCAGAAGGGGAAGGAAGGGAAGAAGGCAAACGGGAGGAGCGAAUCGGGGAAGGAAGAGGAGGAAGAAGAGGACGCGGAAGAGAGUGACGACGAUGAGUACAUGCGGAAGUCUCAAAGCGCCAUGGGGGGGGGAGGGUACGGUUACCGCUCAGGCGCGGAGACGGACAGCGAUAGCGACAGCGACAGCGACAGCGAUGGGGGGCGCGCGGCGGUGAAUAGGUACGCCUACGUGGAGCUGCACGGGGGGGCGCAAAACAAAGCGGCGAACGAAGCGGCGAACGAUGCGGCUACCUGGGGGGCGGCGAAGGAACCGCUCUCCCUCCUCCAGGUGAGGGAGGACCUGGACGGAGACUCCAUGGGGAACUACUACAAGUCGCGCAACGGGUUCUUCAAAUCGAUUUUCAAACGGGUUUUUAAAAAAAAAGGAGACUCGGAUGAAGACGCAGGGGGGGGGGACGACGAGGACAGUGAUGAGGAGCCCCAGGGGGGGAAGAAGAAGCGGAGGUGGAGAUUCCCCUGGAAGAGACGAAGGGGGAAGGGCAGCCAACUGCAGGGCGGCGACGACAAUGACGACGAGGGCGAGAGCGAGGAUGAGUCACGCAGCACAAGACGUAGGAGGGGAGGCAGGCGGGGGCUAUUCGGUCGGUCCAAUCGAAAGGGCAGAGGCAAAGGGAGAGACGAAAGUGAUGAUGGCGAUGACGGCGAAGAAGGCGAAGACUCAGACGAUGAAGAGGCCAGUGGGGGCAGUGGACAAAGGGGGGCAAAAAAAGGAAAACGAAACGGUAAGGGAAGCGGAACCAAGGGGGGCAGAUUCGAGGAGACCAAAUCAAAAAUGGGUAGCCUCUUUGCCAAAGUGAAGAGGAAGAUUCUCCCCGUAAAACAAAAACUACACAUAGAGGCGUUCUUCAAUAGCAUCAUCGUAAAGUCAUGUAGGAAUGCCCUCAAGUGGGAGGGCAACAUGUUUCGGAAGCAGUCGCUCGUCGAGAUGACUCUCAAGGUCCCGGUUAAACUGAAAUACAUAAAGGGGGAGCCUCUGCAUUUCUUCCGUUCGGGCUACGAAGUCAUUUUAACUUGCCGCAACUGCGAUGAGGUUCUCUUCAACUCGUGUGUGCAGGUCUACUGCGCCAAGCGAGCGAGCAAAGAGGAACGGGCGGUGGCGCACCACGGCGGGCACGCGGACGGAGGAGCCCUGGGGAGCGGCGCAACCGCAGCUGCCAUUACUGCCGCUUCCACUGCUGCCGCCACUGCCGCUGCUUCCCCCGCAUCGCCGUACCUUUACUCGGCGAGCCCGUCCGACGUCUCCCCGCUGGCAAUGAUCCAUUACAACGGGCAGUACUUCCCCGGCAGUGUAACCCCCGAGGCAGACUACUUCAGCAGCGAUGGGCACAUGUGCGUUAGCUACUCGGUCGUUCUCGUCACGCUGAUGGUUGCCCUUCUUUUGUAG